AUGCAACAUCUAAUCAAUGCCCAGCAAGGAAACGAUAUCGACCGCCACCUAGGGUUUUUAGCUAGCACCAUCGGCCAGAAUGUGGCUCCCAGUUUCGGCUCUUUGCAACAAGUCGCCAUAGGCGCGGGAAAGCGCUCCUGGCGAGAGGCAUUCUGUGCUCUCUUUGAAAGUGUACUCCGUGAUGCCGAGGACAUUUUCAUUCACCUGCCCUACGCUGAAAUUCGCCACGAGGUGGCCCGUCUGUCUAGUGCGCUCGCGGAGGUGACCUUACCCCGUCUUGUGGUUGUCGGCUUUGGCCGACCAUGUCAUGUCCUCCUGGACGAAGUUUCGCAUCAACUUUCUGGUGUGGUGGACUUCAGCAGUGCUUUCUGGGGUGAUGUCUUGAUGGCAGAGAUCUUUGAGAGUCCCACUCCGGCCGUCCUGGAAGGAGCAGGUCUACCUUUGUGCAGAACGAAAGGAGAGGAGAUUCGCCUGUUAAUGUAUUCAUGUUAUCGGCUGGUGUCACAGAUCACCUUACAAUAUUAUCGAAAUCGCGACGAGGCGACAGAGUUUGAUGCGCGUCGGAAACUACUGGCCACUAUCACAAAUUUGGUUGGCCUGGAGCCAAUCUGA